AUGGAGGGAGUGGUUUCAGUCUUCCCUAGCCGAAAGAAGAAGCUCCACACUACAAGAUCAUGGAGCUACGUCGGGCUACCUGAGACCAAAGCCGAGAGAAGAACCAAGGUCGAGAGUGACAUCGUGAUCGGAGUUAUCGACACCGGAAUUUGGCCCGAAUCCGAAAGCUUCAACGACACCGGAUUCGGCCCGCCACCCUCUAAAUGGAAAGGCACAUGUACAUCGGCGGCCAAUUUCACUUGCAACAACAAGAUAAUCGGGGCACGACACUACAGAAAAGUAAGGUCGUACCCCGAGGACGAUGUCCAGUCACCUAGGGACAUAGACGGCCAUGGAACCCACACGGCUUCCACGGCCGCAGGGAACCUAGUCACCCAUGCGAGCAUGGACGGACUAGGUUCGGGUUCUGCCCGAGGAGGGGUGCCCUCGGCUCGAAUCGCGGUCUACAAAGUGUGUUGGACCGACGGGUGCUACGACGCGGACAUACUCGCGGCGUUCGACGAUGCCAUUGCGGAUGGAGUGGACAUCAUCUCCCUCUCCGUCGGCAGUGAGACACCGGACGCUUUCUUCGAUGACACCACCGCCAUUGGAGCUUACCAUGCGAUGAAGAAUGGCGUGCUGACGUCGGCUUCGGCCGGCAAUGAGGGUCCUUCCGCCGGGACGGUCAACAAUGCCGCCCCUUGGAUUCUCACCGUGGCUGCUAGCACCACUGAUAGGAAGUAUGUCACGCAAGUUCGGUUUGGGAAUGGAGAAACGUUUGAGGGCACUUCCAUAAACACAAUUGAUCUCAACAAUACUAUGUACCCUCUUGUCUACGGUGGGAAUGCCCCAAACACCACCGGAAACACCAGCGUGUAUCGAGCCAGAUUAUGCAGACAAGGCUCUUUGAACCCUAGCCUAGUACAAGGAAGCAUUGUGCUAUGUGACGCUUACAACGAUGGAAUUGGUCCUUCAUCGGCUGGAGCUAUAGGCUCUAUAAUGCUAAACGAUGAUCCAUCAUCAGAACCGGAGGUCUCCUUCAGCUAUCCUCUGCCAACGUCCUACCUUCAAGGAUCCGACGCCUCGGAAUAUGCGACGAAAACAAGAAAAAACAGAAAUGCAACUGCGACCAUCUCCAAGAGCAUUGAAGUGAAGCGCAGAACUGCACCAUUGAUACCAUACUUCUCAUCCAGAGGGCCGAAUGUUAUAAACUCCAACAUUCUCAAGCCAGACAUUGCAGCUCCUGGUGUGGACAUUUUGGCAGCUUGGUCCCCAGCAACCACAGCAACAAGCGAGGAAGGGGAUGAAAGAGUCGUCAAGUACAACAUCAGAUCCGGAACUUCCAUGGCUUGCCCACAUGCCACUGGUGCAGCAGCUUACAUCAAAUCAUUUCACCCUACAUGGUCUCCUGCUGCCAUUAGAUCUGCUCUAAUGACGACAGCUUCCCCCAUGAAACCUGCCAACAACCGUGAUGCAGAGUUUGCGUACGGAUCAGGGCUCAUAAACCUCACCAGGUGCAACGAUCCGGGGCUGGUGUACGAUGCAGGAGAGCAAGAUUACAUCAAGUUCAUGUGUGGCCAAGACUACACUGCUGCUCAGAUCAAGCUGAUAACCAGCCAAGAUGUGGACUGCUCUAAUGUGGGAGAGACCUUUGCUUGGGACCUCAACUACCCUUCAUUCAUUUUGCCUGGUGAGGUUGGCAAGAAUGUGACUAGGGUUUUCCAGAGGAGCGUGACCAAUGUUGGGACGGCGGGAGUGGCUAGUUACAGGGCGGUUUUGAGGGCUCCUGGGGAGCUUGUUGUUAGAGUUGAGCCAGAGGUUUUGAGGUUUAGCUCUGUUGAGGAAACCAAGAGGUUCAAUGUUACUGUGACUGCAAGGGUUGGAUCAAGUGGUGGUGUGGUGUCUGGUGCUCUGGUUUGGAGUGAUGGGUCUCAUCAAGUGAGAAGCCCUAUUGUUGCUCACACAUUGUAGAGGUUGUUGUAAUGGAUGGUGGAACAUUGAUCAAUAUGUGUGAUUGGGAUGCGAAUUAAGGAUGUUUGGGUGAAAACCCGGUCAAUUCCUUGUCACUUAUUCAUUUUGGUUAGUUAAAUUUUACAUUUUUUUUACUCGAGUUUUGC